UGGUGGCGAGAGCUGCGCGUACUACCAGAUACGUCGUUUUUCGUGUGUUUCCCUCUCGAAGAUAAUUAAAAUUUAAUUAUUUGCCUUAUAAUCAAGUUGUGUUUUGUGCUGCCUGCCUGUUGUUGUGUUGGUGUUGUUUCACCCCCCUCCCAUCCCCCGGCAAUCGGCUGCUCAUGGAGAAUAAGAGUGGAUGCGCGUGUCCAAUAUGCCAGCCUACUAGAUAAGUCCUGCUUCAUGUCCUGCUCCAGCUGGCAGACGCAGUUUGUUGGGCAAUCCCAGUUGUCGGCAGCGAGACCCAUGUGAAAUGCCUUAUGAAAAAUUCAACAAAAAGCGUCGACAAUGGGAGGAUAGUGGGGUACUAGAGCUAAUCAAACUAUGGAAAGUCUGCGCCUAUGAGCUGCGCACCAUCAAACGCAAUGGCCAUCUGUAUGUGGCUAUGGCCAAGCAGCUAACGUCCCUGGGCGUACCUGUUACCGCACUGGAGGUGCACUUCAAAGUCAACAAUCUCACGCAGCGAUAUCGACAGGAGCAGAAGACCUUCGAGACGACAGGCAUAAUCAGCACCUGGAAGUUUUACAGUCAAGUGGAUGAUGUUUUCAAGAGUCUGGCCGCUCACACAGGUUACAAAGACAAACGCAUGACUAGUGCCUCGAAUACUAGUAGUUUACCAUCCACAUCCGAGUCACCAGUUUGGAAGAAUCCAAUGUCUCAGCAAGAGUUUAAUAGCAACAACACGGAGGGGUUCUAUAAGACCGAGUACGGCAUGCAUCGCCACUUUAUGGACCACUCCCAGCCACCGCCGAACACGGGCAGCGUGGACAAUUUCAUGGCCUCCUCGGCGGCCGUGGCGGCGGUGGCUGCCGCUGCAUCCGCUCGCCUCGCGGACAACAACAUGGAGCAGCAGAUGAACGCUGCGGGCGGCAGCGGGGCCAGCGGCGGUGGCGGCAACACCAACGGCGGCGUGGCCAACUACAACAAAAUCAAGAAAUCCCACGAGGACUACGACAAGUUUGUGGAUAUUGUGAAGAACAUUGUGGACACGCACAAGAACACACCGGACAAGGUGGACACGUUCAGCGACUUCAUCAAGUCGUACAUGAAGCGCUGGCCGGAGCGGCUCCAGGACGAGGCAAUCAAUCACAUCACCAACUACGUGAUUGUCAAGAACAUGGAGCACAGCAUGGUCAGCGGCGGCGGCGGUGUUCACAAUCCGGAGGGGGUCAACAAUCGACAAUAACAAUACAAGCAGGAGCCCAACAACUAAACGCAGCCAAGGUCAGUGCAGAUAGUUGUUGGACGGCCGCCCAUCAGUCCACGCAGCCUUGGUCAUAGGCGGCCGUAGUAGCAGCUCCAGGAACUCCAAACCCAACUACGGAAACGUAGUACGAAACACGAGAGACACAAGGAGCAAGGGCGAGGAUUACUUAACACGGCACGGCACGGCAGUUACUUAACAGCGACCCCUUAACCCCUAGAUCGCUGGAUCGGCUGGGUAUUUUCGGUCUGGUUUAUAUUGGAGCGAAGUGUUUAUGUUUGUUGGAACGGAACGGAACAUGGCAUACAGUAUUUUUUGUAUAGUUAAAAUAUACAAUCGGAGUUUUUAGUUUUUAUUUUCUGUGCGAUGCCGACGAUACCAAUACCGAAAGAACUUCGGUUGAGUGCGGAAUGGGCAGGUCAGGACAGGACAGGGACUCCAUCUCAAAUAAACAUAGAGAUCAGAUCCUAGCGAGUACUUUUACGUUUAGACAUCAUUUCCUACUGUUAGCUGUAAACUAUUAUUAUACAUAAAUAUAUAAAUUACAAAUUAAUAAAUGCUUUAACGACUAA